AGAACGAAGCAGCAAAAGCAAAACAUCCAUUAUUUUUUUUCGGAAACAUUUUCCGAUUGGUUUUAUUGUGCAUACAAAAAGGAGCAAAAGUGUAACCGGACGGCGUUAAUCGAAAGUCCAGUAGCCGCACUGCGAUAAAUGCUGGGGCCCUUUGGUACAGGACGCGCGAGAUUGGAUUGAAAAUCGUCGGGAGAAUUGUGUUCGCUCGUAUCGCAACUGCAGCGCAGCAACAGACAAGGACAGGGACGAAGGCGAGAUGAGCUUCUCGAGCGAUGAAGUGAAUUUUCUUGUUUACCGCUACCUCCAAGAGUCAGGAUUUUCACAUUCGGCGUAUACAUUUGGGAUCGAAUCGCACAUUUCCCAGAGCAACAUCAAUGGGGCGUUGGUUCCGCCGGCUGCCCUGCUCAGUAUUCUGCAAAAGGGUCUCCAGUACACGGAGGCCGAGAUAAGCAUCGGAGAGGAUGGAUCCGAGCAGCGCUUGGUGGAAAGUUUGAGCCUGAUUGAUGCCGUUAUGCCGGAAGUGGUUGCAAUCCGACAGAACUUGCAAAAUCAGCAGAAACAAACGAUUAAAACCGAAACGACUGAAACAAAUGGCACUACAAGUACCAGCACCACGGAAGAGACUUCGGUGGCUCAAACGACCACGUCAACAACAACGACGACCACUUCUGCAUCUACGCCGGCUCCGGCCGACAGCAUGGAGGUAGAUCAGAGCAUCGAGAUUCCGGCCUCGAAGGCCACCGUGCUCAGGGGACACGAAAGCGAAGUGUUCAUUUGUGCUUGGAAUCCGAGCACCGAUCUUUUGGCCAGUGGUUCUGGAGAUAGCACCGCCCGAAUUUGGGACAUGUCGGACAACUCGACCAAUCCGAAUCAGUUGGUUUUGAGGCAUUGCAUUCAGAAGGGUGGCACCGAAGUACCGAGCAAUAAGGAUGUCACUUCCCUAGAUUGGAACUGUGACGGAACGCUGCUGGCCACUGGUUCGUAUGAUGGGUAUGCCCGAAUUUGGCGCACUGAUGGACUGCUCGCGAGCACCUUGGGCCAACAUAAGGGCCCGAUAUUCGCGCUCAAAUGGAACAAACGGGGAAACUACAUUCUGUCUGCCGGAGUAGACAAAACGACCAUCAUCUGGGACGCGGCCACCGGUCAGUGCACGCAGCAAUUCAGCUUCCACUCGGCGCCAGCCCUGGACGUGGACUGGCAGUCGAAUCAAUCGUUCGCGAGCUGCAGUACGGAUCAGUGCAUUCAUGUGUGCAAGUUGGGUGUGGACAAGCCGAUCAAAUCGUUCCAAGGACACACGAACGAAGUGAAUGCCAUCAAAUGGGACCCGCAAGGACAGCUUUUGGCGUCCUGCUCGGAUGAUAUGACCCUAAAAAUUUGGUCCAUGAAGCAGGACACUUGCGUUCACGAUCUCCAGGCUCACUCGAAGGAAAUCUACACGAUCAAAUGGUCUCCCACCGGCACUGGCACCAACAAUCCCAACAUGAAUCUUAUACUGGCCAGUGCAUCGUUCGACUCCACGGUACGUCUGUGGGACGUAGAGCGAGGCCAAUGCAUCCACACGCUGACGAAGCACACCGAACCGGUCUAUUCGGUGGCGUUCAGUCCGGACGGCAAGUUCCUCGCGUCCGGCAGUUUUGACAAGUGUGUUCACAUCUGGAGUACUCAGAGUGGUCAGUUGGUACACAGCUAUAAGGGCACCGGUGGCAUUUUCGAGGUAUGCUGGAAUUCGCGAGGCAGCAAGGUGGGCGCCAGUGCCAGCGACGGCAGCGUGUUCGUUUUGGAUCUCCGGAAGUUAUGAGCGGGACCGACGACCGCUGCCGAGAAGAAAGCCAACUCCGGUGGGUCUUGAAUUGCGUCCAAGAAACGUUGUCGCGCAGCGGACAAGGAACACAAGAAAAACUAACUCGUGGACAGGCUUUUACAAUUAUAAAUUUGUUUUGAAACACUUACUUGAUUUAAGACUUAGUUUUCUGUAAGUAAGAUUGUAGUGAGACGUUGUGAAAAGUAUUGUCUGUUUUAUCUCAGACUUGAAAUUGCGCGAUAGAAUUGAAGAGCAGCUUUUUGAGGAUAGAUUACCGCAUGAAAGUUUAAGCCCGCUGAGUAGUUUGUUGGUAUAACUUACCUACCAUUGAAACAGCAUUUAAAAUGAUAUUCCCAACAACAAUUUCUGGCAUUCUAAAUCCAGUUUGAAAACUAAAAUCAUAUUGGACGUACC